AUGAGUGAUAGUCGAACAACAGGAGGGAUUGAUGGUAGGCGGAAAGGAGUUAACGAAGGCAUAGCGGAAAUGCCCGCAGUGGUGGAUGGUAGCAUUCCUUUAAAGGAUGGCGUGAGUGGAGGAGAGUGUGGACGGAAUGGGAAAAGAGAUAUUGGGACGGAGCAGGUGACGGGGAAUUCUGAGGUUGUUUCUGUCGUUGAAGAUAUAGUGAAUCCGUCGCUGGAUCCUACGGAGGUGCUUGUCCCGCAGCUUGGGAAUGAAGAGGACGUGGAAGAUGAUUUUAGUUCAGCUAUGAUGGCGCCGUUCUCGCCCAUAUUACCGCAGCAGCUUUCGCUGAAUACCACUAUUAAUAGCGGGAACGGGAACGAGCAUGGAUCGCUAAGAGGGGGGCAGAUCGGGAUAUUCAAUGGGGGUAUCGGCGAUGUGGGAGCGGACCACGGAGCAGGAGGAGGAUCAUUGCACUCAUCGAACCUGCUUCCUUGUAACCUGAGAUCAUCGAAGCUGCUGACUAAACCGCCGUCGCAGUUAAUGGGCUGUACCGCAAAGGGCGGGGCAGGUUCAGCAAGCUCGAUAUCAGGGCCAAUGACGACUAGUAUGGCUACCAAGAAGAAAUUAUCCGCCACCAAGACAAAGCCGGCGUUUGUAAACAAACUAUGGUCAAUGGUUAACGACCCCACGAACCAAGCACUUAUUCACUGGAAUGACGACGGGAAAUCGUUUAUUGUGACCCAGAGGGAACAGUUCGUGCAUGAGAUUUUACCGAAGUACUUUAAGCAUUCUAACUUUGCCUCUUUUGUUAGACAAUUGAAUAUGUAUGGCUGGCACAAGGUCCAAGAUGUCAAAUCUGGAUCCAUACAAAGCAACAGCGAUGACAGGUGGGAGUUUUCAAACGAAUACUUUCUCCGUGGGAGAGAAGACUUAUUAACGAAUAUUCUACGCCAGAAACCUAGUGCUUCCCAUGGAAAGGACCCCGGUCUCGGUUUAAGCGUGAAUAGCACAAACGGCAGCAGUAUUUUGGUCGCCAACGGUGAAGAAGUAGACAUUGGCAUUCUACUAACCGAGCUGGAGACUGUCAAGUAUAACCAAAUGGCUAUCGCGGAUGACUUGAAACGGAUAUCCAAAGAUAAUGAGAUGUUAUGGAAAGAAAACAUGCUGGCGCGCGAGAGACACCAGAAUCAGCAGCAGGCCUUGGAGAAAAUCGUCAAGUUCUUGUCAUCCCUCUACGGCACCAACACCACGAGAUUGCUUUCUGAUCACCUGUUCCACGACGCGCAGCAAUCUACUGCCUCAAUGGCCAACCAAACUACCAAUCUCGCAAUGUCACCAAUGCAAAUGGCAGACGUCAUUGGCACACCUUCAUACUCCAACGGCGAUCUAAACAUGAUGGCGAUGCAAAUGGGCCACCAAAGACCCAGGUUAUUACUAAAACAUAGGACAUCCACCCCUUCAUCCACAGCUACGCCUAUCGCUACCCUCAACAACAACAACACCACCACCCCAACAACAACAACCACAAUAGCACAGAGUGGAUCAAGGACUCGCCCAUCCAGGAAAUCAACGCCGGAGACGACUUCUCCUCCUCCCUGCUGA